AUGGCAUCAGAGGCAGAAAUAAAACUUAACACUAUUGUUUAUUUUCAAGCCGACUACGAAGAUGAUGAUGGAGAAGAAGCAAAGGGUAGAAGGCACGUGGUAUCCGAGAUAAGAGGCGAUGAGUUAUUUUUCUUGAAAAUAACAAGUCGAAGAAAAGGAUUAUAUGCCAGAAGAGCAGCAGGAUAUGCCGACUGCCUAGAUAAAACUUCUUAUGUUAUUUUCAAUCGUAAAAUUAGGUUUUCUUUUGCUGAUUUAAAAGUUAAUAAUUAUCAAUACUUUUAUAUUUGUCCUCUCAACCACGAUGGCUGUCUAGAUAAAGAAAAUUUUGAUAGUAUUCUACAAAAAACUAAGGAGUAUUGGGAAGAUGAAUUAAUAAGAGACAAAGAUGCAAUUCCUGUGGAAGCUAAUGAACUAAAAAAACCUAAAAAUCCUCCAUGA